CGUGAUGCCUCAAAUUAGUACAAAUCUGGAACUUUCUUGACUGGAAUAAGAGAAAAGACAUCUGUCAAUAUCAAUUUUACUGACAAAACCCCUAAUCGGACCAAACCCUAGUUUAUACCGUAACCGGAUCCAGACCCCCGAAAGCCAAUCAGUUUUUUCUUUAGCAAUGGAGGUGGGUAGUGUCAGUUCCUUGGAGAGGACCUUUCGGGCAUGCUCUGUUGCGGAAGCUAUGGUGGUGGAGACUGCUGUUUCUGCUUGGAAGUCUCUUGCUUGCCUACUCUUUGUGGCUGCGUCAUUGCUGAAUGAUAUCAAUGCAUCCAUAGAGUUAACUGCGGUGGAUGAGAGGUUUCCCUUUGAUGAACUUUUCAAGAUGAAACGCCCUGAUGCAGAAAACAAAGAUGCUAGUGAUACAGAUGAUGAUGAUGAAGACGAUGAAGAGGAAAAUGUAGAUGAUCAGGAGGACGAUGGUGGUGAAGAAUUCUCAGGGGAUGAGGGGGAGGAGGAAGGAGAUCCUGAGGAUGAUCCUGAAGCCAAUGGAGAAGGAGGAAGUGAUGAUGACGAUGAUGACGACGACGACGAUGAUGGUGAUGAAGAUGAUGAAGAAGAAGAUGGAGAGGAUGAAGAAGAGGAAGAAGAGGAGGAAGAAGAAGUUCCCCAGCCACCUGCUAAGAAGAGAAAGUGAGAGUAACUGUAGGUCUUGUGUUCCCAGUUGGGUAGGUAGCUUUUAGUAGGGGGGAAGGAUUCAGAUUGUCAGUAUGCAUAGAGUAGAAUUUACCAUACGUGUUCUGAAUGAACCUCUGUUUCAGUACCAAGGUGUGAUAUUGUCACAAAUUAUUGUGGAUGUAUAAUGUUUUAUUUUUCCUAAAUUAGUGGCUCUUUUGUUUUAGUUAGCGGCA